AUGAGGGAGUACAGGCUGGCGACGUACGCCCGGCUGACGUCGGCAGAGGCGUGGGACGACUGCGGCACGGCCGCCGGCCAGCAGCCGCUGAAGCUCAGCCUGCUGGAGGUGGGCUUCCUGGUCAUCUCGGCCGGCUCGCGCGAGCUGGAGGCUCUCAGCAUCAGCUCUGACCAGCAGGCCUUCCGUGCCGUCUACCGCGACAAGCACGUGCUCUUCCUGCAGCGGAUCGGCGACCAGUUUCGCCGCUUUCGGGUGAAGUUCGUGCACAGGAGAGAGGCGGCCGACUGCGUUUACCAGAUCUCGAAGAAGAUCCGCGUCAGGGACGGCGGGCGGCUGGAUGUGGCGCGGAAGGAGUCCGCCGGCGGCGGUGACGAGGGCGGAGAGGUGGUGGUGCUGCGGGGAGACGUGGCUCUCGGGGAGCUGGCGGCGGCCGUUCUGGAGCCGCAGACGUCCCAGCUGCCGGCGGCCUACUCCGCCACCGCGGCCAGCAUGUCCACUGAGGAGAUGGAGGAGGCCAUCCGACUGCACAUCAUGGACGCCUCGUUUCCCGGCUUUGUCGAGACGGUGGAGCAGCUCAUUCGACAGAUGGCGGCUUCAUGA